CUGGCAUAUGGCUCAUUUUCCAAACAGAAGAUUCAUACCACCCAGAUCCCUUCAUUUUAUCGCCUGGUCCCAAAUGAAUCUCAACAGUAUAUGGGGAUAAUCUGGUUGCUCCAGUAUUUUGGAUGGACUUGGAUUGGGCUUCUUCCUGUGGAUAACAACAAUGGGGAAUUUUUCUUGCAGACCCUGGAGCCAUUGUUUUACAAGUAUGGAAUCUGUUCAGCCUUUAUACAGAGAGUACAACAAGUAUUCCAUCUCGAUGAUGAAGAGAAAAUUAGUAAUAUAGCCACAAAUUUUCAUAUAUUUUACACAGAUAACAAAAUUACUACAUUUAUUGUCUAUGGAGAUUCUUUGAUUGCUGCAUGGCUGAUAAUGAUUGUAGUUACAGGAAAUAAGAACAAUGUUUCUUUGAGAAAGGUGUGGAUUCUAACAACGCAGGUAGAUGUCAUAUUAACAGGCCUUCAGGGGAACUGGGAUAUUUCAGUGUUUCAGGGUGCUAUCUCCUUUACAAUUCACUCAAAAGAGAUUGCAGGGUUCAAAGAAUUUCUCCAGACCAUUAAACCUUAUGGGACUCAGAAAGAUGGCUUCCUCAAGGACUUUUGGGAGCAAGCAUUUGACUGUAUAUUUGCAAACUCCAGUGUACCAACAGUGGUUGGUGAAACAUGUACUGGGGUGGAGAAGCUGGAGAAUCUUCCUGCCCCAAACUUUGAGCUGCUCAUGACUGGCCACAGCUAUAGAAUGUAUAAUGGUGUUUAUGCUGUGGCUCAUGCUUUGCAUGAUAUGAACUUAUCUCGAUCCAAGCAGAGAACCAAUGGGAAGCAGCUUCAAGAUCUGCAACCUUGGCAGGUAACGUUCCCACAACAGAAUAUCUCAAUUUUCCUGAACAUAUUGGUGCACCCAACUUUCUCCUUGAAUAAUAACUGAUGAAAUGUGGUUGCAUAUUUUAUUCCUUGAAAACAUUAUUGGUUUAUAUUUAAUUGGAAUUGGCAAAUACAAACUGUUUAUGUUUAUGAGUGAAAGAAAGCAGAAAGUGAGACACAGAUGUGGCUACUACUUUCACUAUUUUUAACACACAUUUUAACUCAAAACCAAAGUGCAUGGAAUCUAUCUACAUCUAUGUAGCAAUUGUAUGUCACAGAAGAUGCUUAAAACAAGGAAGAGGAACCUGUAACCCCCCCUCCCCAUGUGAUAUGGUCUCUGGCUCCCAUCAGAUCUGACCAUUGGCCAUAUUGGUUGGGGCUGAUGAGAGUUGAAGUCCAACAACAUUUGAAGGGACUAUGUUAGCUACCCCAAUAUAAUACAGUGGUACCUCAAGUUAAGUACUUAAUUCGUUCCGGAGGUCCAUUCUUAACCUGAAACUGUUCUUAACCUGAAGCACCACUUUAGCUAAUGGGGCCUCCUACUGCUGCCACACCACCAGAGCACAAUUUCUGUUCUCAUCCUGAAGCAAAGCUCUUAACCUGAAGCAGUAUUUCUGGGUUAACGGAGUCUGUAACCUGAAGCGUAUGUAACCUGAAGCGUAUGUAACCCGAGGUACCACUGUAGCUGUAAUCAGUAAAGAUGAAGUAUCUAAUUGGUUUAUACUGCCCCUUCUUUCCCUCUCUUUGAAACAUUUUAUUUCCUAACUCAUCCUAUUAGCUCCAUCACUUUCUUGAAUACAUUGCAUUUAACAACUCAGCUGGUGAAACAUUUUCCUUUAAUGCUGAAAGGGAAAUGGGAGGUGGAGUUGACAUCAUGAACAUUGUCACAUUCCCAAACAACUCCUUCCAGAGAGUAAAAGUUGGUUGGAUUGACCCAGAUGUUCCUGGAGGAAGAGAACUAAUAAUUCAUGAAGAUAUGAUUGCCUGGCACAGUGGUUUCAAUCAG